GUGUUCAAAUGUAUUCCUAUUGUAAACUCUACCUGUGUGGGCGGGCCCAGGACUGAGGAGAAUCAUCUCAGGUGUUCCUGGUGUGUUUUUCCUUUUCUCUUUUUUAUUCUGCACCUUCAUGAAGGUAAAGUUUCACAUCUGAAUCUCCUGUCUGUGGUUCCAGCCGUGGUCGUGGCGAUGAGCAGUAACGAGUGUUUCGGUUGCGGGCGCUCAGGCCACUGGGUGAAGAACUGUCCGAGUGGCGGCCGAGGGCGAGGGAAAGGUCGCAGCAGAGGCAAAGACCUGUUCUGUUACCGAUGUGGCGAACUUGGGCACGUGGCCAGAGACUGCGAGCGCACGGAGGACGCCUGCUACAACUGCGGCAGAGGAGGUCACAUCUCCAGAGACUGCAAGGAGCCCAAGAAGGAGCGCGAGCAGCUGUGCUACAACUGCGGCAAGGCCGGUCACAUGGCGCGCGAUUGUAACCACGCCCACGAGCAAAAGUGCUACUCCUGCGGCAGCUUUGGACACAUCCAGAAGUGCUGUGAGAAGGUCAAGUGCUACAGGUGCGGGGAGAUCGGCCAUGUUGCGGUGCACUGCAGCAAGGCGUCCGAGUUGAACUGCUAUAACUGUGGGAAGUCAGGUCACCUGGCGAAAGAGUGCACCAUCGAAGCCACCCCCUAGCUGGCCUCUGACCCCUGACCCUACGCUCCCAAACCUACGCCCUCUGAUCCUCCUCUUGUCAUUGGUCUAGAGGCCUGUCGGUCAGCCUCGUAACAGCCAGUCAGAGCAGACGAGGGAGGAGGGGGCGGACUACAAAACCCAUUUGUUCUUCUGUGUUUUAGUUUAGCUGUGUUACGAUGUACAGAGCUUUUUUAGACCUGAGAGAGUGACGUUUGAAGGCCAAAUUAGGCCCCUCCCCUCUGCCCUUUGGGUGGGGCUAACAGAGCCAUGGAAGUUUGUAUCUUGCCAACUUCAUUUUUGUUUUUGGACCAUAUAAAAUGAUUGUCCCCACCUCCAGCAAUCACCCAAUGAUAUCGCAGGAUGAACGAGCCAAUCAGGACAGGUCGCAGCAGAUGUUUUACAGGUGCGUUUUUGUGCAGGUCGAGGAAUCGUACGCCAAGAAAAAAAGCCGCAGGAAGUCUGGACAAAACCUCCAGAAAAUCUUAUUUUUGUACAUUUGACCUGUGAGCUGUUGUAAAGGUGUAUGUUCUACCUGACAAUAAAAAGGUAAGAAGGAUGA